CACUAUUUACCUAACCUCGAUAACCUGACAACACAGGAAAUGUCAAUUUACUAGUAGAUAUCUAGCUGAUAUCUAGUUCAAAAAUCGAAUCAGCGAACUUAGCGGUACUUGUUUGAUGACGAAAAAAAUACUUAUUAUUAAUUAAUUCAUUCAAUAUAAAACCAUGCAGUAUAAAAAAGUAACGCAUGUUAUAUUCGAUUUGGACGGUUUAUUGAUAAAUUCUGAAGAAUUAUACACUGAAUCUUUUUCUCGAGUGUGUGCUAAGUAUGGCAAAGUAUUCACAUGGGACCUGAAAUCGAAAUUAUUAGGAUUCCAAGGUCAAGAAUGUGCUGAUAUCAUAAUUAAGACCUUGGAAUUGCCUGUUACCAGGGAACAGUUUAUGAAGGAAUGUUCACAGGUGAAUCAAGAGGUAUUUACUAAUGUGGAACUAAUGCCAGGUGCAAAAAAGUUAGUUGAGCAUUUACAUAACAGAGGCAUACCUAUAGCACUAGCUACAAGCUCAAGCAGAGAAAGUGUGGACUUGAAGAUGAAGAACCAUAAAGGCUUGUUGCAAUUGUUCCACCACCUCACUAUGGGCACUUCAGACCCUGAGGUCACCAAGGGAAAGCCUGACCCGUGCAUAUUUCUAGUUUGUGCCUCCAGAUUUGAUGAGAAGCCUGAAUCUGAAAAUUGCCUGGUAUUUGAAGAUGCAGUUAAUGGAGUUAAAGCUGCUUGCGCUGCCAACAUGCCUGUGGUGGCAGUACCUGAUCCAAGAAUAGACCCACAACAAUUAGAAAAUGCUACACUAGUACUGAAAUCAUUAGAAGAUUUCCAACCAGAACUAUUUGGCCUACCAUCUUAUGACUAAUGGCCAUUUUCAAUAAACAAGCCCAAUCUCAAUCUUCAAUAUAGUCCAGUAAAUAAACCAAUCACAGUUAUUCAUUUGUAAGUGUGUCAAAAAAUCCUUUGUUCUGAUUGGUCCAUUUUCGCGAUGGAUCGGAAAAAGCGAUUGGGAUUGUUUAUUGAAAACGGCAUAAGGUAGUUAAAUCAAUAAAUAAUUAGACAAAGAUUAAGUUUUACAGUGUUAUAUUUGCAUAUAGUUUAUUUUUGUUACAUUUUAUUUUUAUGUUCAAAACAACAGAUGUACUUACUGAAUUAAGUAUUCACAUUGCUUUAAAAAACAUCGAAAAAUAAAGCAUGUUUUUUUUCAUGCCUA